CAAACAAAGCUCUGGCAGGGCGCUGUGAUAAUUGGGGGUUCCUGCCAAGUCCCGAGCCAAUCAUUAUCCAGGGGCGGGUCGGCCGGGAGUGUUGUGGCAAGGUAGGUUGUAUCCCCUGUUUGAACUGUCCACGCAUCGAGUCGUCACGUGUUCUUCUCCUUUAGAGCGAGAUUGAAUCGACUGGAGGGGGUUGUACUCACACAAACACAGACACGGCGGCUUGUUUUGGUACUGUAUUUAAGAAACUGAGCAGAUAAGGGAAAAAAGACCAUACGGACUGCACAAGCAUCAUAUUCUGCAGAAAUUCUAAUUUUGGACUGGCUGUUUUUUUUAAGUAGAAUAUAUCUAUUUUAUUUUAUUGUUUUUUUUUAUUUGCAAUUUUACAUUAACAGCGGUAUUGACUGGAGUAUCUAAAUGGGGUCGUACGAGAAGUGUGCUUGUUUUGAUAGUGCAUUUGGAACUCCUGACUGAAGUAAGAAGAAAUUAAAUGUAUUUAAUAUUUUUUUCUCCUUACUGACCUUCACUUUGAUCUGAAGGAAUGCAAUUUGUGUACUGUUUUUGUUUUUCUUUUAAAACUGCUUUAAGGAUGUAAAAACGCUGCUGAAGAAACUGGAUUGAAGGAGGUCUCGACAUAGUCUAGCGCUUAUUUUGGCAGAGCGCUGUUGAUUGUUUUUCUUAAUACUUUAAGAAAGGCGCUUGUUUCGCUUUAAGUAUUAAUUUUUUUCCCGUCAUUUUCCCCCAUGCAUAUGUCGGGAAUUAAAAUCUAAUCGUUUGCUUUCUUUUUUUUUUAAAAAAUCAACUGUUUUUCCAAUAUGGCAAGCCCGACUACAGACCACGAUUGUUUUUCGGACGUGAAGAAGGUGGGUUACUUGAGGAAACCCAAAAGCAUGCAUAAGAGAUUUUUUGUUUUGCGGACUGCGAGCGUUUCAGGACCCGCGAGGCUGGAGUACUACGAAAAUGAGAAAAAAUGGAGACACAAGUCCGGAGCUCCCAAAAGGUCUAUUGCGUUGGAAAGCUGCUUCAACAUUAACAAGAGAGCGGACUCCAAAAAUAAGUACCUAGUGGCUUUAUAUACUAAGGACGAGUAUUUUGCAAUUGCGGCCGAUAGUGAGCCGGAGCAGGAUUUGUGGUACCAAGCAUUAGUAGAGCUACACAACAGAGGUAAGAUUCACGAUUCUGCCGGGGGCAGCGGAUUUGGGGAAGACACCUACGGAGAGUCCAGGCCAGGACCAGCUUUUAAAGAAGUCUGGCAAGUUAUUUUAAAACCAAAAGGCCUCGGGCAAACGAAGAAUUUAAUUGGGAUUUACAGAUUGUGCCUGACUAAUAAAACUAUCAGCUUUGUGAAACUGAACUCCGACGCAGCCGCCGUAGUUUUGCAGUUGAUGAACAUAAGGAGAUGUGGACACUCUGAAAAUUUCUUCUUCAUCGAGGUUGGUAGAUCUGCAGUUACGGGACCCGGGGAGUUCUGGAUGCAGGUGGACGAUUCGGUUGUAGCGCAGAAUAUGCAUGAAACCAUUUUGGAAGCGAUGAAAGCAAUGAGCGAGGAAUUUCGCCCCAGGAGUAAAAGUCAAUCUUCCUCCAACUGCUCCAACCCUAUCUCUGUGCCCCUGAGAAGGCACCAUCACAACAACCCUCCUCCUAGCCAAGUGGGACUCAGCAGGAGGUCGAGGACUGAAAGCAUUACUGCAACUUCACCUGCAGGUCCAGGGAAACACGGUAACUCUUUCAGAGUGAGAGCGUCCAGCGACGGAGAGGGAACCAUGUCCAGGCCUGCGUCGGUUGAUGGGAGCCCUGUUAGUCCCAGUACCACUAGAACACAUUCUCACAGGCACAGGGGCAGCUCCAGACUUCACCCGCCCUUAAACCACAGCAGAUCUAUUCCCAUGCCCUCCUCGCGCUGUUCGCCAUCAGCCACCAGCCCGGUCAGCUUGUCCUCGAGCAGCACAAGCGGCCACGGCUCCACCUCUGACUGCCUUUACCCCCGGCGCUCCAGCGCCUCCGUCUCGGGCUCUCCGAGCGACGGCGGCUUCAUCUCCUCGGAUGAGUACGGGUCCAGCCCCUGCGACUUCAGGAAUUCUUUCAGGAGCGUCACCCCUGACUCUCUCGGGCACACCCCCCCUGCAAGGGAAGAGGAGCUGAAUAAUUACAUCAGCAUGGUGAAACCCAACCUCUUGCCCAAUGGACAUCAUAAUAGAAGUCACCAGCGAUGCACCCCAUCGAAGGUGGAAGAGGCCGAACUGGAAAAGGGAUUCAGGAAGCGGACCCAUUCUUCUGGAACUUCAUCCCCAACUAUAUCCCAUCAGAAGACUCCUUCCCAGUCAUCCACAGCUUCCUUGGAAGAAUACACGGAGAUGAUGCCAACGUACCAGUGUCGACUGUAUAGGCAUUCAGCCUUUGUGCCAACUCACUCUUACCCAGAGGAGUGCUUGGAUCUCCAUAUUGAGGGCAGCAGAACGAACCACACAGAUGAUGGCUACAUGCCCAUGUCCCCGGGGGUAGCUCCUGUGCCUGCUAAAACUGAUGACUACAUGCCAAUGAGCCCUAAAAGUGUGUCUGCGCCACAGCAAAUAAUUAACCCAAGGCAGCAUCCAAGAGUGGACUCGAAUGGCUACAUGAUGAUGUCCCCCAGUGGCAGCUGCUCUCCAGACAACACAAACUAUGGCAAAAUAUGGACCAAUGGAGCAAAUCCCAAGCUUUCAGUGGAGAGCAACGAAGGCAAAGUUUCAUGCGGCGACUACAUUAAUAUGUCCCCAGCAAGCGGCUCAACGACCAGCACUCCCCCGGACUGCUACUUCAACCCAGUCGAGGAGCCGCCCAAGCCCCUCUAUUCCUACUUCUCUUUACCUCGCUCGUUUAAGCACGCGCACAGGAAAGCCGCCGAGAGCCAGCUGCGCAUCUCCGUGAGCUCGGGCCGCCUCGUCUACGGCGAGGACUCGUCCUCGUCGACGAGCAGCGACAGCCUGGGGGGGCAGGAGAACGGGCAGCAGGCGGUCAAGCCCAAGAAAGCGGAUGAGUACGCGCAGGCCAAGGGGAGGCUGGCGCGGCCGACCCGCCUCUCCCUGGACAACAACAACAAGGCCAGCACGCUCCCCCGCACGCGCGAGCACCCCUUCCCACCGGAGCCCAAGAGCCCGGGAGAGUACGUCAACAUAGAGUUCAAUGACAAGUCCUUCUCGGCAAGCCUGGCUUCCUUGUUCUCCCCCGUGUGUGCAGGGAGUUCCCCCGCGAGGCCGGAGCAGAAUUCCUCGGAGUAUAUGAACAUGGACCUUGGUGCUCAUGGUAGCAAGCCAAGCUACCCAUCGAAACCCACAGCGGACUCUACAGGCUGUGCUGCAGACUAUGCAGUUACCGCUGCUGCUGCUGCAGCUGUCCCCGCUGCUGCUGCAUGCAGAGCAAGCAGAGGACAGCAGAGCUGCGACUACGUGAGCAUGCAGCUGAGCGCCCCCAGCGCAGGGUGCGCCGAAGCACCCAUGUUGAGCUACACCGAAAUGGGGACUGGAGCUGCUAAGACACCGACCCAGUCCCUCUCACCUCACCCAGAAAUGCCCCCAUUGAGUAGCGUCUCCAGUGCCGCGUGCUCCAGUUUAAUGAGCCAGAUGUCGGGGACAAGCGCUUUUACCAGAGUCAACUCGAGCCCCAACAGGAUUCAAGGUGCCAAAGUGAUCCGUGCUGAUCCCCAGGGAAGGAGGCGGCACAGUUCAGAGACCUUUUCCUCCACACCUGCUGCUAGUGGUGGUGUGGCGUUACUCUGCGGGGAUGAUGUUAAAAGACACAGCUCGGCAUCGUUUGAAAAUGUCUGGCUUAAGCAGGGGGAAUCGUAUGUCUGUUUAAGAGAGGAGCAGCAGCCUGGUGUCAGUUCACUGAACAGUGCGACUCCAUUUGAGAAUGGUCUCAAUUACAUUGAUCUGGACUUAGUCAAGGAUUUUAACAACCAAGAGUGGACCUCCCUCCAGCCUAAAUCCUCAAAUCAGCCUUGUGGAAGUACCUCUGGUGAUGAUUUAAGUGCAUAUGCAAGCAUCAGCUUUCAAAAACCAGAUGAGAUAAGGACUAAUCCAGCAAAAAGAGAAGAGUGAGGACUUCAGACUGCCCACCAAAAGCAAGUGACGGCUCCCCAGGCUGUGGAUUUUCUUCUCUGCCAUAUCUAGGACCUCAUACACUUCUUUCAGUUGAUGGUACAAUGCAUUUGGGUUACCUUGUUUACCUAGUUUAACCUCAGGACUUAGUUGACUGAACUGCACAACACAUUUUUGCCAAACAAAACAGCACUGUGACACCUAAAAAACCCAUUUGCUCUUAUUUCCACCUUGUUCCGUUGAGGAUUUUUUUUAAUUUAAUUUUUAUGAUUGUUUUAGGUUGUUUUUUUUUUCAGAAAAUGUCUGCUGUAUACCUAACACCAGAUCACUAUGCGAUCAAGUAUACUGCAAUACAAAAAAAGACUGUUUUUCAUUUGCUGCUGAAAACAAUUACAAAUCAUCAGUGUAAAUUAUUGAAUAUAGAAAUGUCAUUAAUGUUUGUCAAGGAGUUAAAUAUUUAACAUUUCAUGGUUUAUAUUGGUUAUCUUUUUUUUUGGAAAUAUAACUUUGCUACACAUCUUUUAGCGAUGUGUCCGAGGUAUUUCAUGUUCUGUUCUAAACAGGAAAUUUUGCUUAAAUUUAGUAUGGUAAGAAUAGGUUAUGGUACUAUUCUCGGUUUAAAAUGGUAGUAAAUACAUUGUAUAAUCUAAAUGAAUGGCUUGUGGGGCCUCUUUGUAUAUUCCUAUUUACUGAUAUGGUUAAUUAUAAAAUGAACCUGAUUGGGGCUGUAAUGGUACAAAUGUUUUAAUGACAAACAGCUGAAGUAUUUGCAUUAAAAAUGUAUUAUAUAUUUAAACCCAUUUGUUUUCACAGUUGGUAAAGUCUUGCUGUUUCUCCUGGUCUGUUGUCUUCUACAGUCUCUUCUUAAAGAAUCAAUGUGGAAAAUGGUUUAAUGCUAGUGAUAGUUAUACAGACCAUGACUAGCAAAGCCUUUGACUUGUUUACCUAAAUGAAAAUUAGGUAGUCCAAGAUGAGUGGUAUUCAGAGCCUGUUAAUUCAUUGAUUUAUGUAAAGGGUUUGCUUAAUCUGCAAUAAAUGUGAAAUGUAUAUUUCUCACAAUGACAAUAAUAUUUGGAAGCCCAGAUCAUGUAUUAAUGGGUCAGUUUAUGGAGUGAUGCUCAGGACUGUGGGGAUGCAAUGCUGAAUCAUCUGUGAUUGAAAUAUCCACAGCGCUUAGGGGAAGGAUUAGUGCUUGGGACUCAGGCCAGGAUGACAUUUUACUUCUGUUUCAGAAUUCUGUGUUGCAAGAGUCCACAGCAGAGACCUGAUGACUUAUUUAUAACCUCUGUUUGCAUUAGUUAUGCAUCUAAAAAUUGUUUUGUAAUGCAUGUUGAGUUGUGGUGUCCAUCUGUAUUCCUCAGCACCUCCUCUGUGUCGUACUCCUAGGUACUAUUUGCAAGGCUUGUUUUGAAAAUAAUUUGGCUUUCUCCUUCUAAUCUGUGCUGGCAGCCCUGAAAUGGGUCACUCCACUUUCUCUUCACUAAAUCUGUUUUGAAACAAUGUUUCCAAAAAGCAUUAUGCAGCCAUAAGUACAAAAAGACCAGUUAGAAACAGCAUUUUUGCAUAUAUAAGAGUUCUAUUUUUUUUAAUUGCACUUGGUGUGCACAGCCUCAAAAUUAUACAAGUUAGUGAAGAAAUUUUAGAAAUAUUUUGCAUAGUGUCUUUCUGACCUACAUUGUGCAUCUGUAAAUACAAAUAUCAAAUAGCAAAGGAAGGUGAAAAUAUCACUUCAUUUUGUUUUAAAUACUUUUAUUUAGUUAAUUACCAAUCUUUUUAAAAGGUAAAUGACUGAACUGAAGUUGGGUUUAAACAUGUAGUCAAUCAAAUGUAAAAUUACAGCCCUAAUCCUGAUGAUAAUGAGUCAAGACAUUUCUCACCAGAAGUAUGUGUUUUUGUAUUUCUUGAUAACUUGCUAGGUUGCGUUAACAAAACUCCAGCUGAAUUUACUGUACAUGGUACUUACAAGUAUCAGCAACCUGAAUCCAUCCAUCACACAAGCAAAGAAGAAAUACUAACACUUCUUAACCCUGUCUUCCACUGUAUAUAAUGAAAGAAUGAGGAGAAGAAAAAGAAACAAUAAAUAAAAUAAUAAUAAUGGAUGUCUGCAAGACAGAACCUGCCCUGGAAUAAACAAUGUGGUGUUUGUACAUUCUGGAAAUCUUUCUGUAAGUAAUAAAGUAGAAAAUGUUUAUCUUUUUCUUGUA